UCCUAGCUUUCUUCAUUUGUACAGGACAAUUUAUUAAAGGACGGCUCGCCUGUUAGAGAUGAGAAAGGUGGCUUGUUGGGGGUGCCAUGGAAAGAUUUCUCUAGAAGUGGUUUUAGUUUUGGGAGAGUGGGUACUUCCCAAGGAUCGAUCAUGGAAGCUGAUAAAUAUGGGCGAACUCGAGAAAACAAGUAUGUCUCUAGAAAAAGUUCAUUUGAUGAAGCAUCUGAAGAAGAAGAAGACGAUGAUGAAAUUCGGUAUCUUCAAAAGCUCAAAACUUCCCGAAUGUCAGCUUCUCAUAAUACAGAGCAUGGAGUCGAACCAAGGAGCCAGAAACUUAGGAGGAUUUCUGGGGUAAUGGAUAGAGACCUUGAUGGGUAUGAUGUAGGUGUUAGAGACUAUAAUAUUUCGAGUUCAGGCAAAGAGAGUAAGAAACCCAGACCAGAUAGAAUAUCCGAAGACACUGACUAUGCAGAAGAUGAAGAGUCGGUAUCUGAUGGUGAGCUAGAAACCAAGAAUAAGAAACAAUUAAAGGAGUCAUUUGAAGUCUCGGUAUCCUCUAAGGGGGAAAGGGCAAUAACUACACGCCGGCAGGCCCUUCAAAAGGGUAGAGACAUCUCCAUGAGUUCGGAUGCGAAUUUUAUUGAGUUUCCAAACGGGUUACCUCCCGCCCCUCCAAGAAAGCAAAAGGAGAAACUUUCUGAAAUGGAACAUCAACUUAAAAGAGCUGAGGCUGCUCAAAGGCGUAGGAUUCAAAAUGAGAAGGCUGCUCGUGAGUCUGAGGCCGAAGCAAUUAGGAAAAUCCUGGGUCAAGAUUCCAGUAGAAAACGACGAGAAGAGAAAAUUAAGAAACGGAAAGAGCAGUUAGCACAGGAGAGGGCUGCCAAUGCUACUGUUGCAUCAAAUGUUGUUAGAUGGGUCAUGGGUCCUUCAGGGACAACUGUGACAUUUCCCGACGAUAUUGGCCUCCCAAGUAUAUUUGAAUCCAAGCAUUCCAGUUAUCCUCCCCCACGCGAGAAAUGUGCUGGUCCUUCGUGUACAAAUGCAUACAAGUAUCGAGAUUCUGAGUCGAACCUCCCUCUUUGCAGCCUUCAGUGCUACAAGGCAAUACACGAGAAGACACGACCUCUGUCUGCUUGUCGAGUUCUUGUUUCUGGGGUAAUGGAUAGAGACCUUGAUGGGUAUGAUGUAGGUGUUAGAGACUAUAAUAUUUCGAGUUCAGGCAAAGAGAGUAAGAAACCCAGACCAGAUAGAAUAUCCGAAGACACUGACUAUGCAGAAGAUGAAGAGUCGGUAUCUGAUGGUGAGCUAGAAACCAAGAAUAAGAAACAAUUAAAGGAGUCAUUUGAAGUCUCGGUAUCCUCUAAGGGGGAAAGGGCAAUAACUACACGCCGGCAGGCCCUUCAAAAGGGUAGAGACAUCUCCAUGAGUUUGGAUGCGAAUUUUAUUGAGUUUCCAAACGGGUUACCUCCCGCCCCUCCAAGAAAGCAAAAGGAGAAACUUUCUGAAAUGGAACAUCAACUUAAAAGAGCUGAGGCUGCUCAAAGGCGUAGGAUUCAAAAUGAGAAGGCUGCUCGUGAGUCUGAGGCCGAAGCAAUUAGGAAAAUCCUGGGUCAAGAUUCCAGUAGAAAACGACGAGAAGAGAAAAUUAAGAAACGGAAAGAGCAGUUAGCACAGGAGAGGGCUGCCAAUGCUACUGUUGCAUCAAAUGUUGUUAGAUGGGUCAUGGGUCCUUCAGGGACAACUGUGACAUUUCCCGACGAUAUUGGCCUCCCAAGUAUAUUUGAAUCCAAGCAUUCCAGUUAUCCUCCCCCACGCGAGAAAUGUGCUGGUCCUUCGUGUACAAAUGCAUACAAGUAUCGAGAUUCUGAGUCGAACCUCCCUCUUUGCAGCCUUCAGUGCUACAAGGCAAUACACGAGAAGACACGACCUCUGUCUGCUUGUUGAUUUUCUCCUGAUUCUAAUACGAGCACCUGCAGCGAGUUCUUGUUGGCCUUGGUGUGUAAAAGGUCAAUGGAUGAGACAUGUUUUUACUAUGUAAUAAUGCUUUUUUAAUGUAGCAGUAGCAGUAGCAGGGACUCAAGACCAAGAUUUCAUAUUUAGACAAAGCAUAGUGGAAAUAUAGCAGUUUAAACCGUGAAUUGGAUAUUUCUACCUAAGCAUAUGUAAAUUAUAUGGUCUAAAAAUGGGUUUGUGGAUCUUUCCUGUUACUUUUGAAAAAUUCUUAUGUUGAAUCA